AUGGGCACGACCAUGCGUAAAAAGACUCAAGUUUCAUUUGUUAUCCGGGACGAAGAGGAGAGGAGACAUAAAAAUGGCGUUAGUUCAUUGCAGCUAGAUCCAAUACAAGGAAGAUUGUAUUCAGCCGGUAGGGAUGGGAUUAUACGAGUGUGGCACACCGGGGGUGGUACACAGGAUAGGUACAUCCAGAGCAUGGAACAUCACACCGAUUGGGUGAAUGACAUCGUCCUAUGUUGCGGUGGAAAAAACCUCAUAAGUGCAUCGUCGGAUACGACUGUAAAAGUAUGGAAUGCGCCCAAAGGUUUCUGUAUGUCGACAUUGCGUACUCAUAAAGAUUACGUACGAACAUUAGCUUAUGCAAAGGACAAGGAGCAAGUCGCCAGUGCAGGCUUAGACCGCGCGAUAUUCUUAUGGGAUGUGAAUACUUUGACAGCUUUAACUGCUAGCAAUAAUACCGUAACCACGUCCAGUUUGGUGGGAAACAAAGAAUCUAUAUACAGUUUAGCCAUGAACCCACCGGGUACUAUUCUGGUUAGUGGUUCUACAGAAAAAGUCCUGAGAGUUUGGGAUCCUAGAAACUGUUCACGUCUUAUGAAACUAAAAGGACAUUCGGACAACGUUAAAGCAUUAGUAGUAAGUAGAGAUGGCUCCCAGUGUGUGUCUGGGAGCUCAGAUGGCACUAUAAAGCUGUGGCUUCUAUCGCAGCAGAGAUGUGUGUCAACAAUCCGGGUACAUUCCGAAGCAGUUUGGGCACUUCUAGCCACAGAAAACUUCACCCAUAUCAUAUCAGGAGGAAGGGAUCGUCUAGUCAUUAUAACAGAGUUGAGAAAUCCAGAUAACUUUAUGAUUGUUUGUGAAGAGACCGCACCCAUUCUUAAACUAUGUUUUACAGCAGACCAACAAGCUGUAUGGGUAGCUACUUCUAACUCUGAUAUACGAUGUUGGAAGCUUCCACCUCUUAACACACUAAAUUCCGAUAUGUACAACCAGAACAAUUAUAAUACAAAUAAUGUUUAUCAAACACAACCCUUACAUAACAUUGUUGGUGGCAAAGCAAUCAAACAUUACACAGUUUUAAACGACAAACGUCACAUAUUAACAAAAGAUACGACAAAUAAUGUUGUGUUAUAUGAUGUUUUAAAAGCAAGUAAAGUUGAGGAAUUAGGGGAAGUUGAUUAUGAGGAAGAACUGAAGAAACGAUUCAAAAUGGUUUAUGUACCAAACUGGUUUAAUGUAGAUUUAAAGACUGGAAUGUUGACGAUACAUCUGGGACAGGAUGAGACAGACUGUUUCAGUGCUUGGGUUAGUGCUAAGGAAGCUGGACUAACAACCGAAAAUGAUCAAAAAGUCAACUUUGGGGCGUUACUGUUACAAGCUUUGUUGGAACAUUGGAAUCAUCCAAAUAGAGUUAAUGAGGCCGGACAAAAAGUUAUAGGAAACAACUUUUUCAGUGUCCCUCUGCACACACCGCUUAUAUUUAGUGAAGUCGGUGGUAGAACACUUUACAGGCUUCAGGUUGGUGACGCGGGAGGCGAAACUGAAGGAAAUUUAUUACUAGAAACAGUGCCAUCAUGGGUUGUCGAUGUUGCUAUAGAAAUGGCAGCGCCUAAGCUGAAUAAAUUGCCAUUCUACUUACUACCACACUCCACUUGUCAAAGCAAACAGGAUAGACAGAAGAAGGACCGUCUCGUCGCCAACGAUUUUAUUCAAUGUCGUAAAGUGGCAGAGCAUGUUGUUGAAAAGAUUGUUGGUGGGGGUGACGUCAACGGAACGAACGCAGGCAAGAGCGAAGAAAGUACUAACGACUCCCCAGAAGAACGGGUCGAAUUGUUGUGCUGUGAUCAGGUAUUAGACCCAAACAUGGAUCUCCGUACCGUCCGUCAUUUCAUCUGGAAAUCCAAUGUUGAGUUCACGUUACAUUAUAGAGUUCUGAAACAAUGAAAUUCGAGUUUAUACAUUGUGAGGUUCAAUAAACAGUUGAAAAAGUGCUGCUCCAUUCAAAACUUCUUCAAGUGAAGUGACUAGUGUUGCCACUGCUGAUUUUAUGACAUGAUUUACAUAAAGGACGUACUGAAAAAUUCAAAUUUUAUUAAAAUGACGACGUAUAAAUCACA